AAAGAACGGCGCCCCUAUUGGUUGCGCAUUUAAACUUUGUGACUGAUUCGAAGAACAUAGAACGUGUGACUCUCUCUUCAGAGCUGUUAUUUGAAACAAAAUAUUAUUUUAAGUGAAAAUUUAUCAGAUUGGACUAAAUUCUAGUGAAUUAUCAAACGGAAAAAUGCAGAUCUUUGUGAAGACAUUGACGGGUAAGACUAUUACCUUGGAAGUAGAGCCUUCUGAUACUAUUGAAAAUGUUAAAGCUAAGAUUCAAGAUAAAGAGGGAAUCCCUCCUGAUCAGCAGCGACUGAUCUUCGCAGGCAAGCAGUUGGAAGACGGACGCACACUAUCCGAUUACAAUAUUCAGAAAGAAUCUACCCUUCAUUUGGUAUUGCGCCUCCGUGGUGGUAUGCAAAUUUUCGUCAAGACAUUGACCGGAAAAACCAUCACCUUAGAAGUAGAGCCAUCAGACACUAUCGAAAAUGUUAAGGCUAAAAUUCAAGACAAGGAAGGCAUUCCCCCAGACCAGCAGCGAUUGAUCUUCGCAGGCAAGCAGUUGGAAGACGGACGCACGCUUUCCGACUACAACAUUCAAAAGGAGUCUACUCUACAUUUAGUAUUACGUUUGAGAGGUGGAAUGCAAAUUUUCGUUAAGACAUUGACUGGAAAAACAAUUACUUUAGAGGUAGAGCCAUCAGACACUAUUGAAAACGUGAAGGCUAAAAUUCAAGACAAGGAAGGCAUUCCCCCAGACCAGCAGCGAUUGAUCUUCGCAGGCAAGCAGUUGGAAGAUGGACGCACACUUUCUGACUAUAAUAUUCAAAAGGAAUCUACUCUUCACUUGGUAUUACGCCUCCGUGGUGGUAUGCAAAUUUUCGUCAAGACAUUGACUGGAAAAACCAUCACCCUAGAAGUAGAGCCAUCGGACACUAUCGAAAAUGUUAAGGCUAAAAUUCAAGACAAGGAAGGCAUUCCCCCAGACCAGCAGCGAUUGAUCUUCGCAGGCAAGCAGUUGGAAGAUGGACGCACGCUUUCUGACUAUAAUAUUCAAAAGGAAUCUACUCUUCACUUGGUAUUACGCCUCCGUGGUGGUAUGCAAAUUUUCGUCAAGACAUUGACUGGAAAAACCAUCACCCUAGAAGUAGAGCCAUCGGACACUAUCGAAAAUGUUAAGGCUAAAAUUCAAGACAAGGAAGGCAUUCCCCCAGACCAGCAGCGAUUGAUCUUCGCAGGCAAGCAGUUGGAAGACGGACGCACGCUUUCCGACUACAACAUUCAAAAGGAGUCUACUCUACAUUUAGUAUUACGUUUGAGAGGUGGAAUGCAAAUUUUCGUUAAGACAUUGACUGGAAAAACAAUUACUUUAGAGGUAGAGCCAUCAGACACUAUUGAAAACGUGAAGGCUAAAAUUCAAGACAAGGAAGGCAUUCCCCCAGACCAGCAGCGAUUGAUCUUCGCAGGCAAGCAGUUGGAAGACGGACGCACGCUUUCCGACUACAACAUUCAAAAGGAGUCUACUCUACAUUUAGUAUUACGUUUGAGAGGUGGAAUGCAAAUUUUCGUUAAGACAUUGACUGGAAAAACAAUUACUUUAGAGGUAGAGCCAUCAGACACUAUUGAAAACGUGAAGGCUAAAAUUCAAGACAAGGAAGGCAUUCCCCCAGACCAGCAGCGAUUGAUCUUCGCAGGCAAGCAGUUGGAAGACGGACGCACGCUUUCCGACUACAACAUUCAAAAGGAGUCUACUCUACAUUUAGUAUUACGUUUGAGAGGUGGAAUGCAAAUUUUCGUGAAGACAUUGACGGGAAAAACUAUUACUUUAGAAGUAGAGCCAUCAGACACUAUUGAAAACGUGAAGGCUAAAAUUCAAGACAAGGAAGGCAUUCCCCCAGACCAGCAGCGAUUGAUCUUCGCAGGCAAGCAGUUGGAAGAUGGACGCACGCUUUCUGACUAUAAUAUUCAAAAGGAAUCUACUCUUCACUUGGUAUUACGCCUCCGUGGUGGUAUGCAAAUUUUCGUCAAGACAUUGACUGGAAAAACCAUCACCCUAGAAGUAGAGCCAUCGGACACUAUCGAAAAUGUUAAGGCUAAAAUUCAAGACAAGGAAGGCAUUCCUCCAGACCAGCAGCGAUUGAUCUUCGCAGGCAAGCAGUUGGAAGAUGGACGCACGCUUUCCGAUUACAAUAUUCAAAAGGAAUCUCUCUUCACUUGGUACUGCGUCUUCGUGGUGGAGUGUAGAAAGUAAUUGUAACUAUUAUAAUUAUUGCGUACGAGUAAUACAAAUGAUAUGAAGCAAAUUA